GACGCCGAAGCCCAGCGCUCUGUCUGGCCCGCAUUUCAGCGCAAGACGUACGCUCUAGCAGUAAGGCUGAGAAGGCACGAUGUCGGUGAGUGGGGAGCGGCUGCGGCAUUCGCUGGCGGAGCGCCUGAGUGCCGGGUUCGAGCACCGCUACGGGGACGGCUUCGUGGUGACGCGGCCCGGCGGCCUCGUCAUGCCCGCAGAGUUCCUGCUGGACGCGCAGCGCGUCCACGACUUCCCCGUCAGGCAGGACGACGUCUGGCUCGUCACCUUCCCCAAGUCAGGUACGACCUGGACGCAGGAGCUGGUGUGGCUUCUGAUGAACGACCUGGACUUCGAGACCGCUAAGGAGAUGUGCGUCACCAAACGGUUCCCGUACCUCGAGUGA